AUGCCUGCCGCAGCCAUGAAUUCCGCAUUAUACCUCCCCAGCCGCUCCCUCCUCUCGUCCCUUGCCGGCUCCGCAACAUCCAGGAUUUCCAUUCCUUCACAUUCCCUAUACCAGCUGAGGCCCUUCUCCUCCUCCGGAAACCAAUAUGCGGCGAAAGGAACUUUUAAAGCUAUAAAGCCCCGGAUCCCGGCGCAGAUGAGCAUGAAAAACCGCGUCAAGGAGACUAUGAGCAGUGCCAAUCGAGACAUGAUACCAGACGACGUGGGAUUGCUACCAGGAACAUUUAUUAGACCUGCAUGGCGGAAUCUGCCUUCGAUAUUCAAAGAACCCAAGUUGAGGUUAAGAAUGGAGUGGAUGUCGUUGAAGAUGACCGUUGUGAACUUCAUUAGAUUCAUAAAUAAGAAACUUCCGCUGAGGCUACGAGAGCGUAAGAGCCGAGCUCUUGAGCUACACAAACAGAUGUAUACUUCAUUCGCAAAGUACAUCUCCCUCGGCCCCCUUGUCUAUUAUUUUACUCCUGGUAACCUUAUAACUGACGCCAUAUACAGCGGUGAUAUAACCUCUCUCAAAAAGACCUGCUGCCAGGGCAUCUUCCAAAACUUCGCAGCCCGCAUUUCCCGCCGUCCACGUACCUCUCCCCGACUCCUCUGGACGCUUCACUCAUAUAAGAAGUUCCCUUUCGCUCUCACAUUCUCCGGCGCACAAGUCAUUUCUGAUCGUGCUGCAGCUCUUCCCGAAGCCAAAGGUUUCGGCAUUCGGCAAACUGUGAUCAGAAUACAGAGCAAGCAGUCACUCAUCACCCCAAGCUCUGGGGAAGAGCAGAACGCAGCGCAGCAGAGUGAGAAGCAACAGGAUUGCGCAGAGUAUGUCGUUCUGCAGAGAUUCAUGCUCAAUGGGGAAGAUGGAGAUUGGAAGGUGUGGGGUUUGGCGGAAGAAACAACACCAGAGGAUUUGGAGACGGACCCGAUGUUUGCUCAGGGCUUGACCAUGAAGGAUCGGAUCGAGAUGUUGAGUAUGAGAUUUAAACAGUGA